AUGUUUACCCCGGCGGCGAAACGCCGACGUGUCGACGCGGCAAACGAGACGUUACGGAAACCGUUUAGGUCGCCUUUGGUGCAGCGGGACCGAGGCCCAGGCCCGGAGCGGAAUCGGGAUGGCAGCACCGCGACAACGGCGGCGGCGACGGAGAAUCCUGCGGCUGAAGAGGAUGAUGAUUCGGCACCGACGACCGAGAACCCUGCGGUAGCGUCAUCGCCAUCAUCUGCGAGGGGGGCUGCAACGACGACAUCACGGCACGCUACGGAGAAGUUUGCGACGCCUGGGAAACGGGGGGUGGGCGGCACAUCUUCGGUUACAUCUACGCCUACACGCCGGCCGUUUAGCAUUCCGCGAGUGGGGGGGUUGCAGCAGAUGGGUGCUUCGCCUUCGCCGCUGCGGAUGGGGACGGCGAGUCCAUAUAGUGGUGCUAGUAGAAAAACUAAUGGUCUUGGGCUCGUUGGGAGCAAGAGCGAGAGGGAAGCGGAGGGGAGGGAGGAGAUUCUACGGCAGGCUGAGCGGAUUCGCGGCGCCGUGGGAGAGGGAGAGACGGACGAGGAGCUUCUCGAGUUGAUUGGCAAGUGGAGGGCCGCGAGCCGCAUUGCGGCGGAGGAGGUGUUUGAGGGGUCUAAGGAGAGGGUUGAGGGGAUGGGGGGGUUGAAGGCGUGGAGGAGGGCGAGGAGGGAGGAUGAGGUGAGGUUCAUGGCGAUGUUGGAGGGGGAAGAAGGCGCUGGGAGGGCUAGGAGGAGGAGUCGUGAGGGGUGGGAAGGGGUUGAUGAAGGGGAUCGUGGUGAAGGAGAUGGAGAUGAGGGUGUUGGUGAGGAAGAGGAAGAAGAGGAAGAGCAGUUCACGAUGGGGACGAUGCUCCGGAGUAUGAAUAUCGAUUUUGAUAUUAUCGGCUACGAUGAGGAUACUGGGUGGUGGAGGGACGGGUGA